CCGCAGUCUUUGGUCAUCCCCUGUACUGUGUCCGCAGUCUCUGGUCAUUCCCUGUACUGUGUCCGCAGUCUCUGGUCAUCUCCUGUACUGUGUCUGCAGUCUCUGGUCAUCUCCUGUACUGUGUCCGCAGUCUCUGGUCAUCUCCUGUACUGUGUCCGCAGUCUCUGGUCAUCUCCUGUACUGUGUCUGCAGUCCAUUGGUUCAGAAUAUUUUUUUUUUUUUGUUUUUCGCCUCUCAAACCUAGGUGUGUCUUAUGGUCAGGUGCAUCUUAGGGAGCGAAAAAUACAGGUUUUUUUUUUUUUUUCGGAGAGUGCAUGUGAU